AUGGUUCAGGAAUGGCUUAUGUUGGAGACUGCAUCUGAGUUUGACCUUGUGCAAGCAAGAGUUGAGAAUGGAAGUUUCCUUGGAAGUAUCACGGUACAGCCUGCCCUGAUUUCCAGGAUCAUUCAAGGUCAGAAAGAGGAUGAGUUCUCACGCGCGAAGUUGGCAGAGUUAGCUGCAGACGUACCCAUUGAUGUUCCAUGUGAGUGGACGGUGGGAGUAGAUGGUGGUUUGAGAUUGAACCAUAGGUUGUAUGUUCCGGAUCGUGUUGACCUCAGGGGAGAGAUUCUUCGUCAGGGGCAUCGAUCGCGGUAUAUUGUGCACCCUGGAAGCACUAAGAUGUAUCGGGAUUUGCGAAGGCAAUUCUGGUGGAAUGGAAUGAAAAAGGACGUGGCAGAGUAUGUUUUCCAUGUGUCUAUGUUGAGGAAGGCAGGAUUCUUAGCUCAUGUGGAGUCUGUGAGUUGUACGGCGGUUAUGGCAGAAAUUUCUGUGGUUUCCGAGUACAGUGAUGUAUUUCAGGAGAUACCAGGAUUACCUCCGAGGAGGGAAGUGGAUUUUGCUAUCGAUGUGAUACCAGGUACUGCACCUGUAUCUAUGGCACCAUUUCGGAUGGCACCAACUGAACUUAAAGAGUUGAAGGAGCAAAUUGAUGGUUUACUUGAGCAAGGGGUGAAAGAUGAUGAUGUUCCUAAGACUGCUUUUAGGACUAGGUAUGGACACUUUGAGUUUGUUGUCAUGCCUUUUGGUUUAACCAAUGCACCUGCAGCCUUUAUGGACUUGAUGAACCGUAUGUUCAGUCCGUACUUGGAUAAGUUUGUGGUAGUGUUCGUGGAUGAUAUUUUGGUUUAUUCCAAGACGUUGGAGGACCAUGAUCAGCAUCUGUGGAUUGUGCUACAACUUUUGAGAGAAAAGGAAUUGUUUGCGAAAUUCAAGAAGUGCGAAUUUUGGCAAAGGGAGAUCAAGUUCCUUGGUCAUGUGAUUUCGAAGGAUGGAAUCUCUGUGGAUCCUUCUAAGGUGGAAGCAGUGAUGAACUGGGGCCAACCCACUACAGUUACUGAGGUACGUAGUUUCCUGGGUUUGGCAGGUUAUUAUCGGAGAUUCAUUGAGGGAUUUUCUAGUAUUGCUUCGGCUUUGACCAAGUUGACCAGGAAGAAUGUCCAGUUUGUGUGGACUGAGGAAUGUGAACGAGCAUUCAACGAGUUGAAGGCUAGAUUGACCUCAGCCCCAGUGUUGACUAUUCCCACAAGCGGUGGCGGCUUAGUCAUCUAUAGUGAUGCGUCUCAUCAAGGUUUGGGAUGUGUAUUGAUGCAGCAUGGAGGUGUUGUCGCUUAUGGUUCUAGACAGUUGAAGGUGCAUGAGCGUAAUUACCCCACUCAUGAUUUGGAGUUGGCUGCUGUUGUGUUUGCCUUGAAGAUUUGGAGGCAUUACUUGUAUGGGGAGAAGUUCGAACUCUUUUCGGAUCAUAAGAGUUUGAAGUAUCUGUUCUCUCAGAAGGAGUUGAACAUGAGACAGAGAAGGUGGAUGGAACUCAUAAAGGACUAUGAUUUCACCUUGGAGUAUCAUCCAGGAAAGGCCAAUCUGCUCGGGUCUGAGCUCAACAUAUAUUCAAGUUAUCAUCCACAGACUGAUGGGCAAACAGAAAGGUUCAACGGGAUGUUGGAGGAAUACUUGCGCCAUUUCGUUCAUGCCAAUCAGCAGAAUUGGGCGCAAUUGCUAGAUGUUGCACAAUUUUGUUUCAACUCGAAGAAGAGCUCAUCCACCAACAAGAGUGCUUUUGAAAUUGUCACUGGCCAACAGCCUCUCUUGCCUUAUACUGUGCAAGAAGUCUACAAAGGGGCGAAUCCGCGUGCUUUCAACUUCACAAAAGAGUGGAAGACCAAUGCCGAGAUUGCUCAAGCCUACCUAGAAAAAGCAGCGGGGAGAAUGAAGAAGUGGCCAGAUGAAGGCCGCAAGCCCAGAGACAAGCGACUAUUCCGGAAGUAUGAAGGACCGCUCCCCAUCAUUUUUAAAGUGGGGAAAUGCUCCUACAAAGUCGAUAUUCCCGCCUGGAUGAGAGUCCACCCCGUCUUCCACGUCAGCAACCUCAAGCCGCACCAGCCAGACCAUGAAGAUCAAGCACGCAACCAGCCUGUUCGAGAGCACGUCGACAUCAGACCACCCAAGCUGAAAGAAGUGGAGGAGAUCCUAGUAGAGAGAGUGACCAGAGUGUCAAGGCGCCCAUGCUAG